ACUAGUUAUCAUGGUAUGGUAAAUUGUUAGGAGGAUGUCUUUGGAGACGAGGGGGGUGGACAGGGUCAUUGACUUUGUGACUGGUGUAUAAAUGAAUCAGUCAGAUUCAGCUGUCUACAGAGCUUUUACCUACAUCACCAUCAACAUCAACAGUGACCUUAUUUUUGUUGAGUGUGAAGGAAAUCUUGCCUUGCGUGGAAAAGCUACACAGUCAGACCUCAUUGAGAGCAUAUGGCACGGUUACAGUCAUGCCUCCAAUGCCAUUGAUGGGAACCGCGAUUCACAUUUUCAUCAUGGGUCCUGCACUGCCACUGAGGAAUCCACUAACCCCUGGUGGAGAGUGGACCUGCUUGAUACCUACAUAGUCACCUCCAUCACCGUCACCAACAGAGGGGAUGCUGUUCCUGAGAGACUUAACGGGGCUGAGAUACGAAUAGGAAAUUCUUUAGUGGACAAUGGCAUUCAUAACCCUCUCAAGGCCACUAAGGCGUUCCUGUGGCAUGGUGGACCUCAGCUCCUUCAAGACUGGUGGAAAAUAAUUCCAGGAGAUAAUGUGGCUCUAUAUGGAAAGGCCACCCAGUCGUCUUUGUAUGAGUUUGGCAUUCCAGGCAAUGCUAUUGACGGGAAUCGCAACGCUAUUUGGAUAGGAGGGUCCUGCACCCACACUCUACAGGACAUCAACGCCUGGUGGAGGGUGGACCUUCUGAAGACCUACAAAGUGUUCUCCAUCAUCAUCACCAACACAGUCGACAGUGUUUCCAGCAGACUCAAUGGAGCUGAGAUUUGCAUUGGAGAUUCCCUGAAAGACAACGGCAUCAAUAAUCCUAGGUGUGCUGUGAUCUCCUCUAUCCCUGGUGGCAAUUCUAGCACUUUCCAGUGUAACGGCAUGGAGGGUCGAUAUGUCAACGUGGUCAUUCCAGGGAGGAAGGAGUUCCUGACCUUGUGUGAGGUGGAGGUGUACGGGUCACCCCUGGAUGGGACUGGGCCUACAUGUAACUAAAUCACAUCAUUAACUCUUACCAGAACCCUGCAAUGUUUUGUGGGCUGUAUUGUCUUACAAAAACAAUUAAACUUUUUAGUAUACUAUCACUA